UUUUCAGAGGAGGUGAUUUUCCGAUUUCGGUUUUGCGGCUCAGCGGGUCGAAUCGCUUAAGUCAAACAAAACAAGACGAUUAUAUAACACCAUCACUUUUAGGCGAUAUCCAGAGAGAGUGAAAAGGAGUUCAACUUGCAAUCGACAUUCGGCCAGCAUGUCGCUCUUCUCGAAGAAACGCAAGCCGGUCAGUCACAUGACGGGCGAAACGGAUCAUCACCACAACAGCGGGAGCAACGGACCGUCGUCCAUGAUGGAGGAGACGGCGAUGAGUGGCAGUGGCGGUGGACGCCAUCCGCAUCACCCACUGCCUCCCAUACCCACUAACGGGCACCACUCGAUGCCGUCGACGCCGUCACGUCACCAGCACCAGCAGCAGUCUCAGCACUCGGCGCCGGGCGGCAACAGUAGCGCCGCCUCGUCGGCGGCCGCGGCAGCCAAAGUCACGCAACCCAAAUUGGUCUUCCACUGUCAGCAGGCCCACGGGUCGCCCACCGGACUCAUCUCGGGCUUCACCAACGUCAAGGAGCUCUACGAGAAGAUCGCCGAGUGCUACGACAUCCAACCGUCCGAAAUUUUGUUCUGCACGCUCAACACCCACAAAGUCGACAUGAACAAGUUGCUGGGUGGACAAAUCGGGCUCGACGACUUUAUAUUUGCACACAGGAAAGGGCGACCAAAGGAGAUUGAAAUUACCAAGAGCGAAGAUGCUCUCGGACUGACCAUCACAGACAACGGAGCCGGCUACGCUUUCAUCAAACGUAUCAAAGAAGGAAGCAUCAUCGAUAGGAUGAAAUACAUCAACGUCGGUGACCACAUCGAGCGUAUCGAUCAAACCAGUCUGGUGGGUUGCCGACACUACGAAGUGGCCAAGAUGCUUAAGGACAUCCCGAAAGGCACCACGUUCAUCAUGCGGCUCGUCGAACCCCUUCAAGCCGGAUUCUCCAACAUUGGGCCGAGGACGAAUCCCGGUACGGCCAAGAAAUCAUACGGUUCUGGCAAAGAAACGCUGCGUCUGCGUGCCAAUGGACCGGCUCGUGUCGAAGAAGCUCCGGACAGCGUAGUGGAAGCAGCCGUCGAAAAAAUCAACAGUCUUUUGGAGAGCUUCAUGGGUAUCAACGAUGCGGACCUAGCAACCCAAAUCUGGGAGAUGGGCCAGGAGAAGACAAACACAAUGGAUUUCGCCGAGGCCAUCGACAAUUCCGACCUGGAAGCUUUCGGCUUCACUGACGACUUCAUUUUCGAACUGUGGGGCGCCAUUACGGACGCAAAAGCCGGCAGAUUAAGGAAAUGAAUCGAACGAUGAAAACAAAAAAAUCAAGAAAAAUUAAAAAAAUCAAGAAAAAAAAAUCGAGAAGGAAAAAUAAUUUUUGAAAAAAAGAACCAAAUAAUGAUAACAUCUUCGACUUCCAGGCUAAUAAUGUCGUCAUCCUUUCCUAACCUACCGACGCCCCAUUGUUUUCUUUUUUUUUUAAAUGCCACUUGUUCCUGUAAUUAAUACCUAGGAAUUAGGAUUUGAAUGCGUUCAUCUUUCUUGGCUCUCGUAUUAUUUUAAUAUCCUUAUACCUUCCUGCGUAGUCGUCAUUUGUCCGUUUCAGAUUUCUAUUAUAUACUUAACAAUAAUGAGCCCCCGCUAACAAUAACUAUACAUAUAUAUAUGCCUAUAGCAAGAGUAGAGCAUCCGCCGGAGGUCUAGAAUUAAAAAAAAAAAAAAAAGCUAUUUCCUUGGGUUGAUACUUUGAUGCAAAUAGAAAUAUAUAAUAACAUGAGCUUUUCUCUUUUGAAAAGCUAAACAAUAUGUAGGUACCGUAUUCUUUGGAGAAAAAAAAAACAUGUGUGAGUGAGUGCGGUAUGCGUGCGUAACA